AUGCUGCCGUGGGUACCACAGGCGCUGCUUGCCUUGCUUCUGCCCAUGCUCCCGGCACAGGGAGAAGGUAAGGAGAUGGUGAACACCUCCAGGCCGGCUCUGCUGCGGCUGUCAGAUCACCUCCUGGCCAACUACAAGAAGGGUGUGCGGCCUGUGCGGGACUGGAGGACCCCGACCACCGUGUCCAUUGACGUCAUCGUCUACGCCAUCCUCAGCGUGGAUGAGAAGAAUCAGGUCCUGACCACCUACAUCUGGUACCGGCAGUACUGGACCGAUGAGUUUCUCCAGUGGAACCCUGAGGACUUUGACAACAUCACCAAGUUGUCCAUCCCCACGGAGAGCAUCUGGGUCCCGGACAUCCUCAUCAAUGAGUUUGUGGACGUGGGGAAGUCUCCAAAUAUCCCGUAUGUGUAUGUCCGGCAUGACGGCGAGGUCCAGAACUACAAGCCCCUCCAGGUGGUGACCGCCUGUAGCCUCGACAUCUACAACUUCCCCUUCGACGUACAGAACUGCUCACUGACCUUCACCAGCUGGCUGCACACCAUCCAGGACAUCAACAUCUCCCUGUUGCGCCUGCCGGAAAAGGUGAAGUUUGACAGGAGUGUCUUCAUGAACCAGGGCGAGUGGGAGCUGCUGGGGGUGCUGGCCCAGUUUCAGGAGUUCAGUAUAGAAAGCAGUGACUCCUACGCAGAGAUGAAGUUCUACGUGGUCAUCCGCCGGCGGCCCCUUUUCUAUGCAGUCAGCCUGCUGCUGCCCAGUAUCUUCCUCAUGGUCAUGGACAUCGUGGGCUUCUACCUGCCCCCGGACAGUGGCGAGAGGGUCUCCUUCAAGAUCACGCUCCUCCUGGGCUACUCGGUAUUCCUGAUCAUUGUGUCCGACACGCUGCCAGCCACAGCCAUCGGCACGCCCCUCAUCGGUAAGGCCCGCUCCCGGGGAAGAGCUGAGUGCAGCCGAGGAACUGAGGCACCGGCCCUCUCCUACCUACCGUGUGUGUCCCCACCCCGCCCCGCCCUGGGGUGCACAGGUGUCUACUUUGUCGUGUGCAUGGCUCUCCUGGUGAUCAGCUUGGCCGAGACCAUCCUCAUCGUGCGGCUGGUGCACAAGCAGGACCUGCAGCAGCCGGUGCCUGCCUGGCUGCGGCACCUGGUUCUCGAGAGAGUCGCCCUGCUCCUCUGCCUAGGGGAGCAGUCGACUUCCCGGAGGCCCCUAGCCACCUGCCAAGCCGCCAAGAACGAUGACUGCUCAGACAUGGGAAACCACUGCAGCCAUGUGGGGGGACCCCCGGACUUGGAGAAGACCCCUGGGGGCAGAGGCAGCCCUCCCCCACCUCCGCGGGAAGCCUCCGUGGCGAUGCGCGGGCUGCUGCAGGAGCUGACCUCCAUCCGGCACUUCCUGGAAAAGCGGGAGGAGAGCCGAGAGGUGGCCCGGGACUGGCUUCAUGUGGGCUCCGUGCUGGACAGGCUGCUCUUCCGCAUCUACCUGCUGGCGGUGCUGGCCUACAGUGUCACCCUGGUCAUGCUCUGGUCCAUCUGGCAGUAUUCCUGA